UGACGUUCUCAGCGUGUGACCAGCUGCAGCCACCGCGGUCUCCAGCGCGACCCGGCCCAGCCAUGUGCCAGGUGGGCGAGGACUACGCGGAGCCCGCGUCCGAGGAGCCGCCGCCUCGGCAGCCUGGCCGUGAACAGAAGUGUGUGAAGUGCAAGGAAGGCCUUCCUGUCGUGGUGAUCCGAGCAGGAGAUGCCUUCUGCAGGUGAGGCCUGGAGGUGGGGAGAAGACCUUGGCAAACACGAUCUCACUCAGCAGCCAGGAUUGCCCCCCAUUUAUGUAACUGUAAUUCUUGCUUUUAAAAGCAUUUAGUCACUUUACUCCUGCUUGUAAUGUUGCUCCGGGAGACCCUGGUGUGUGGGAGGAGUGUGGUUUCCUGCAUGGGUAAUGUUCUCUCAUCAACCGUCUGUGGGUCAGGUGGCGGGAAGGUAUAUGAUGGAGUUUUGGGGAGAGUGGGAGUGAGAGUGGGGUGAGGUGUGGGUGAGAUGAGCAUUUCCUGGCAGCUGGAACACAUCCACGGCAGGUUAGAGCAUCCUGGGCAGGUGCUCUGGGUGAUGGCCUGUUUUACUUGUGAGGGAUAGAGGGAUGGAAGGAGAGCUCCAGCUUUCCACCAGCUCGGGGGGGGUCUUCAGACAGGAGCAGAGGCUUAUUUCCAGAGGGGCCUGGGCACAAGCAUGUUCCAUUUUGCCUGAAGGUUUCUUGUGGCCCUGUUCCAUCAUCCUUGAAUCAUCACUCUUCCAAUGUCUGGUCACAUUCCCUGGACUUGUAGCUCCAUGAGGGCAGAGCCUGUUUCCCAUUUUAUCCCUGUUAAUUCUUGGUGAUGUUGCAUGCUUUGUAUAGCAAACAAACGUCUGUUGAAUGAGUGACUGGCUCACGUUUUUAAGUUGGUUUCCAAGAGUCUUGGAUUCUGCUUUCUAAAAUGUUACAAGAGAGAAACUAAUGGGAUUAAGCUGUUUUCCUAAAAACUCAUCCCUGCCGGUCUCUCAGGUGCCCAGUAGAAUGAGAUGUGUGUUACCGGCAAAUACACGUUAGGUUUUAACCACUUGGGGCAUGUGAAAAUGACGAUUGCCCCAGUCUGCCUGGAGACUCUGAUAAGAAGAGAGUUUGCAGUGGCUUCAGGUGAGGCUGGCAGGGCUCCUGGCCCAGAGCUCCCCUCCUGUGCUUGUUGGUCCCAAGAGAAGGUGAGAAGCUGGCUUUCCAGGUUGUGGACUUUUGCAGUCUAGAUUUUGAGCAAGUUUCCUCAGUGAUUGUGAGGAUCAACAUGGGUGGGCAACCCUGGCCUGGCCCCCAGGGAGAGUGCGUCUGUGUGUGCUCAGGGAGCCUCACCACACCCCGACCUUCCUGGAAGUCACUUCCUGUGGCUGGUCACCUGGGGUCCUUGGAGCCCUGGCAUUUUGCUCUUGAACGCUGAGUUGACUUACUGUCUGCAGAGGACUCUGGGGUAUUUGGUUGGCCCCUCUUGAGAGGUGCCUCUUCAGCGUUAGGGGGAUUGCUGUGGACACCAGUGUGUCUGAACAGGAAGGAGGGGGUAGACAGGCCAGACAGGGCCAGGGCAGCUCUCCUGCAGCAUUGUCCACCGCUCUACUGGAGGUGCUGUUCUCCCCUGACUGCCUGCUGGGAUUUCUAGGGGGGCUUUUAAAUGCAGAUACCCAGGCCUCGCCCCUAUACAUUCUCACGCAGUUGGCCUGAGUGGUUCUAAUGUGCAGCUAAGGCUAAGAACCUCUAACCUGGUGAGCCGAAGGACCAGCUGGAAGGUUUAUCAAGAAUGAAGAUUCCAAAGACCUGCCCUGGAAGCUCUGAUUCUGUGGGUUUGGGGAAGAGCCCAGGACUCUGCAUUUGCAGGAGCCUCCCAAGCAUUUUUGGUCCAGGUGGGCUCAGUGCACUAAAGAGAAGCCAGUGUGGUGCUUCAGGGCCCUGGGCACCCCCUGCAGCCUGCUCAGUGCUUCCCCUCUCCCCCUGAGAGCUGGUGCUUCUUGUGUGGGGGUCCUGGAUCAGAUCAUUGACUCUGCUGAGGGUGGGUCAUGCUGGUCUCACCCUACACAUACCUGUGUCUGUCUGUUCCACCAGCUGCAUCUUCCUGAGCACUUGUGGGUGCAGGUGGCUCCUGGGCUCUGGGCCCCUCAGGCAUUGGUUCAUACUGGUGAGGAUUGGGGGGGACCCAGGCAGGCCUCCCCAUGUGGCAUGAGGCUCAUCCUGGGGCAGCCACAGCUGGCGAGAACUGCUGAACUCUGGCUCCCCUGCUGGUCUCUGCGUGGAGCCUCAGCGUCAAGAUGCUGCUUUUAAAGAUGGAAGUUGCUAACAGAAGAAAACGUAACCAAGUGGAAACUUAGGCUGCUGUCCAGAGAGGCAGGUGUGAGCAGCUUGCCCAUCUCUGUGUGGAGGGCAGGCGGCCUGGGCUGUGUUGCUGCAGCUGCUGGGGGGUGUGUUGCAGGGACUGUUUCAAGGCAUUUUACAUCCACAAGUUCAGAGCCGUGCUUGGGAAGAACCGGCUGAUCUUUCCGGGUGAGAAGGUAGAGUGCGGGGUGACUCCUAUGGGGUCCCUUGGGCCCUGGCUCUCAGCCCCUGCUACCCCUCCCGCAGGUGGCCUGUCCCAGCUGCACCCACUAGCCCCUCCCGCUGUCCUACACCUGAGUCCUGAGGGUGGGCUCACGCCCAGGGCGUCCCCAGGGGUGGCACACUCCCGCUGUCCUACACCUGAGUCCUGAGGGUGGGCUCACGUCCCGGGCGUCCCCAGGGGUGGCACACUCCCGCUGUCCUACACCUGAGUCCUGAGGGUGGGCUCACGUCCCGGGCGUCCCCAGGGGUGGCACACUCCCGCUGUCCUACACCUGAGUCCUGAGGGUGGGCUCACGCCCAGGGCGUCCCCAGGGGUGGCACACUCCCGCUGUCCUACACCUGAGUCCUGAGGGUGGGCUCACGUCCCGGGCGUCCCCAGGGGUGGCACACUCCCGCUGUCCUACACCUGAGUCCUGAGGGUGGGCUCACGCCCAGGGCGUCCCCAGGGGUGGCACACUCCCGCUGUCCUACACCUGAGUCCUGAGGGUGGGCUCACGCCCAGGGCGUCCCCAGGGGUGGCACACUCCCGCUGUCCUACACCUGAGUCCUGAGGGUGGGCUCACAUCCAGGGCGUCCCCAGGGGUGGCACACUCCCGCUGUCCUACACCUGAGUCCUGAGGGUGGGCUCACGCCCAGGGCGUCCCCAGGGGUGGCACACUCCCGCUGUCCUACACCUGAGUCCUGAGGGUGGGCUCACGCCCAGGGCGUCCCCAGGGGUGGCACACUCCCGCUGUCCUACACCUGAGUCCUGAGGGUGGGCUCACGCCCAGGGCGUCCCCAGGGGUGGCACACUCCCGCUGUCCUACACCUGAGUCCUGAGGGUGGGCUCACGCCCAGGGCGUCCCCAGGGGUGGCACACUCCCGCUGUCCUACACCUGAGUCCUGAGGGUGGGCUCACGCCCAGGGCGUCCCCAGGGGUGGCACACUCGUAUUGGAGAUGCGGUGCCUCCAGUGAUGUCCCUUCUCCCUCAGGUGCUCCUGGCGUGGUCUGGAGGGCCUUCGUCCAGCUCCAUGGUCUGGCAGGUCCUUGAGGGCCUGAGUCGAGAAUCUGCCAAAAGACUGCGUUUUGUGCCAGGGAUCGUCUGUAUUGAUGAGGGAGCAGCCUGUGGCCUGAGCCCAGAGGCCAGAGCAAAAGCCCUGGCCGAGAUGAAGCUGAUCCUGCAGACCGUUGGCUUCCCGUGGCAUGUUGUCGCCUUAGAAGAGGUGUUUGACCUGCCACCAUCCGUGCUGCGCUGCUUUGCCCAGGAGCCAGUGGGGACUGAAGGGGCCUAUAAGGCAGCUGUGGACAGUUUCCUCCAGCAGCAGCAUGUGCUGGGGGCUGAAGGGGCUGGGGACAGCCCCAGCCUCGCCCAAGGGGAGGAACAGCUGAGCUGGCCCUGCACCCAGGAUCCCCAGAACCCCCAGAGCCCAGAUAGGCCACCCACAGCUGCCCAGACUGAGGCUCUGUCCAGACUCUUUGACUCCGUGAAGACCCUGACAGCCAAGGAGGAGCUUCUGCAGGCACUACGGACCCACUUGAUCCUGCAUGUGGCCCGGACCCAUGGCUACUCCAAGGUGAUGACAGGAGACAGUUGCACACGCCUGGCCAUCAAACUCAUGACCAGCCUGGCACUGGGGAGAGGGGCAUUCCUUGCCUGGGAUACGGGCUUCUCAGAUGAGCGGCACGGCGACGUGGUGGUAGUGCGGCCCAUGCGCGAGCACACGCUGAAGGAGGUCGCCUUCUACAACCACCUGUUUGCCGUCCCCUCCGUUUUCACGCCAGCCCUCGACACCAAGGCCCCUGAAAAGGCCAGCAUUCACCGGCUGAUGGAGGCUUUUAUGCUCAGGCUGCAGGACCAGUUCCCCUCCACAGUCAGCACUGUGUACAGGACAAGUGAGAAGCUGGUUAAGGCCCCCAGGGAUGGCUGUGCUGCCGGUCCCCCUGGCCCCCGCUGCCUGCUCUGUAUGUGCGCACUGGACAUCGACACUGCUGGUCUGUGUCUGCCUUCCCCAGGGUGCUCAGAGGAGGGCACUGGCGAGUGGGUGUUGGGGUUCAGCAGCCCCCUGGUCCCCUCAGCUCCUCUCUACUUGCAGACAGUGCCACGGCUUUUGGGGCUCAGACUCCCUUGCAUCUGUCCCAGACGCAGCCCCCCACCCCACCGCCCACUGCACCCUGCUGUUCUGCAGGGAUGGGGCGGGUGCAGGGCUGCUGUGGGGGGGCCAGGCCCUGCGAGAGGUGCAGCUCUGCUCUCGCAGGGAGGACCCCCGAGCCCGCGUCAUCGAGCAGCUGUGCUACGGCUGCCGUGUGAACAUGAAGGACUUGCCCUCCCUGGACCCCCUGCCGCCCUACAUCUUGGCCGAGGCCCGGCUCCGCAGCCAGAGCUGCUUCCCCAGGGCCUGCAUCGAGCAGCAGAUCCAGGAGUACCUGGUUGAGGACAGUGAUGAUGAGGCGCAGACUGGCGAGAGCUGAGCCUGAGGACGAGUGUCCUGGACCAGAGACACCCAGGGUGCCAGGGCUGGGACCUCUGCCACGCUAGAGCAGGAA